CCCUAUCCUCUUUGCUUCACCAUGGGGAAGCUACUUUCAAAAAUUUUCGGCAAUAAGGAAAUGCGAAUCCUGAUGCUCGGUCUGGACGCUGCCGGCAAAACUACUAUACUAUAUAAGUUAAAGUUAGGGCAAUCGGUAACCACAAUUCCAACGGUUGGCUUCAAUGUAGAAACCGUAACGUAUAAAAACGUCAAAUUCAACGUGUGGGACGUCGGUGGGCAGGACAAAAUUCGACCCUUAUGGAGGCAUUACUAUACGGGUACUCAAGGAUUAAUUUUCGUGGUGGAUUGCGCUGAUCGCGAUCGGAUAGAUGAGGCGAGACAGGAGCUACACCGGAUAAUAAACGAUCGUGAAAUGCGGGACGCGAUCAUACUGAUAUUUGCGAAUAAGCAAGACCUCCCGGAAGCAAUGAAACCUCACGAAAUUCAGGAGAAGCUCGGUUUGACGCGGAUACGCGACCGUAACUGGUACGUGCAGCCUUCCUGUGCCACAACCGGCGACGGUCUCUACGAGGGACUGACGUGGCUCACGUCCAACCACAAGUCAUGAGAAUAAUUGUAAGCACCGCAUCGGACGGCGCUGGUGACUCCGGUUCAGGAUCGUAACCGCUCGGCGCGAGGAAACAUAAAAACGCAUAGCAAGAGCAUCUACAAUAUAUAUUUAAAUAUAUGCAAAAGAGCAAACGAAAAGGCCUCUCCUCCUGCUUCCUUCUUCCCGGCUCUAGUGCUUCAUGUUCGAUGAAGCGCGUAUGGUGGUGAAACGAACACAUUAUCCCCAUCAUAUUAAGUAGGACAAAUAGAAUAGAAUAGUAAUGCAAAAUCAAGGGAAUAAGCUAUAAACAGGAGAGAGUGAUAAAAAUAGAGAGAAAGAAUGAGAA